CCGGGUGGCCCCGCGCAGACGCAGUGCGCCACCGGCGGGUGGUUUGCGGCUGUGCCGGGCAGCCGGCGGUGGGGUGGCUACACCUGGGCCGCGGAUGGAGGAGGCCAAGGCUCCCAGUGAUUCAGUGAUGGCGGGUCACGGCCCUGAAAACUGGUUGUCCGGCUGGGAGCGGCAGUGCCUGGAAGAGGACGAGCGGCAGGCCGGGCCCGGGGCGGCGGCGGAGAGCGGGGCCGGUGGCACUGAGUCCGAGGCCCAGAGACAGCGGUUGUGGCUCUGCUUCCAGAACUCGGCCACUGCCAUCGCCCAGCUCUACAAAGAUCGUGUAUAUGAGCAGCAGCUGGGCAUUCAGAGCCUGUGGAAGCCAUUCCAGGCAGCAGCUACUUCUGUUACUUGUCUGUAUAAAGAUGGGCUUGAAGCCUACAGAGCGAGCUUGGAUUUGGGCGUGCAGGCAGGCUAUCAGAGGAGAAACAAGGAAAUGCUGGCUUGGGUGAAAAAGAGGAGGCACAUCAUCCACCGAGAGGACUUGCUCAGCUUCCUGUGUAGGAAGUCGCCACCCUUGAGAAACAGCAGAUUGGCACCUCGGCUAAACAUACCCUCAUCAGUGUUGGCACAGGAAGAUUCAAACAGGACUACUGAGGGUGACCUGCAGGCUUUUACUGAUGCCAUUGCUGUGCAUGGCCUCAGUGGUGCCAUGGCGAACGUCAGCAUGCGCUCAGGAACACCUGGGUCCCCGACGCACGCAGGCAGCAACUCUGCCUCGGUGCGCAGGCGUGGCAGCCUGCAGGACGUGGACUUAAAUAGCUUUAUAGCCGAAGAGAUGGCCCGCCACUUGGACAGCUCGAGGAAGAGGGCUCCAGCCCAAUGUAACGACGUCAUCACUGAGUCACCCAGUCACAAGCGAAGCCGAAUGCUAUGAAUGGAUGAAGAGCAAGUUCCUGAACGGCUGGAGGUAAUCCUGCACGUCAGGCAACCGGGCGGUUGAAGCAGGGAAUAGUAGGAACCAAAAAAACACAAGUAAACCUUUGGCCAAACUUUGGAACAAAUGUUUAUUAAAUAAAAGUGUAUUGUGAUUACUUCAAUUUUGCGACACAUCCAUACUUGAAAAUGCAAUAUCAAAGUGGGUUUUUAAAGGGCAUUAUGAAGAUUUUGGUCUAAGUAUUGCCUGCAAACUGCAUUACAUGGCUCAGUUAUGUAUUUUUCAUUUUCUUUUUGUAAUUUUCCUUUGGCACUUUAUUUAACAGUAAUUUUGAGAAUUGUUUAUAACAACCUGGCUUGCAGUUACUUGACCCUGUGUGGCUCCUGGUGCCUAUGUACCAGGCUGUGUGCCAUCCUUCCCUUCCUGAUCUUAUUGUCACUUGUUGGUCUAUUGUUGAACACAGGGUAUUUGGCUCUUAAAAGCAUGAAGGUGAAUAUUUCUCAGAAGUUCAGUUAUUGUCAGUGACCCAGAACAAUUGGGGCAUUUGCGCUAGGGGUACUCAAUCCUCCUCUGGCAUCCCAAUGUGCUCUGAAAUGGGAGAUUUGCAAAGUUGUUGCCAGUACACCACCGAACACGGGAGUGACAGGAACCAGGGUGUAGGAUGUUUGUCCUCUACAUCCACAGAAAAAUGGGCUUAAUGUGCAUGAAAGCUAGCUGUGAACUGAUAAUUUCCUAAGACUGUCCACUGACAUGUCUGUAAAGGGAUUGCUGCAUUCUGUGCGUGCUGUUUCUAGAGUCCCUCAGUGUCUUCAUUUAAAACCAGAUUACCUUGACCUUGCACCUCAAAGGCUAAACAAUGUUUUCAAAGUCUUUAAGGUUACAGAAUGCAUUACUGUGAAGUAAUGUGACUCAGAGAAAGCUGUGCGUGAAUGCUUCAUUGCUGACCAUUGUAUUGUCCUGGUCACGGAGAGUCAAGUAAUUGUAAAAAGGUUUAAAAUGUUAAUCAUACCUGUUUGAAUUGUGCAAAACUUUGAAUUGCAAUGUUCUGGCUAAUCACAGUUGUGAAUCCAAUAAAUACUGAAGCAUCAAA